AUGCUUUUCCGUCGUGCAUUCUCGACUACUAAGGCCCUUCGGAGCGACCUGAUUCAACAAGCAUUUAUCAGCAAGGUGAAAGAGCUUCAAAGCAUCGGCUCCGAAUUGGCAAACAAGGAUCCAAAUGUCAAGAAAGCUCUACAGGAGGAACUGAAUCGCGUCGCUCAGAAAUAUCAAUUGGGAGCUGAUAGUGUUUCGAGGCUUGGAGUUUCAUUUAAAGAUCCAAAGGUUGAAUCAUCUUUUACCGCAGCAUACGAAAGCGUUACUAUUCAACAGCUCCUUGAUCAAGUUAAGAAAGACGAGAAAAGUUUUCUCAGCCAGAAGGCUGCUCGGCAAGCAGAGGAGGCCAAACGUAAUGCAUCGAUCAACGUCAAGAAC